GCCAGUCCAUGUGGAAUCCGCUGCUUUAGAUCUUUAUAUACGGAUAUGUACAAGAGGUAUGUUCCUCUUUGCAUCCCACUUCCUUCCUUACCUUAGCCCUUUCUAAUCAUCUUGAUGUUUUCAGUACUCGUUGAAGCUUGACGAGACCAAAGAAAGACAAACCUCGUGCCCCAAUCAACACCAUUCUUUUUAGAUCUGGUUCCCGCUUUGGAGAGUUCCCGUUUUGCAGAGUUUACUCUUUCGGCAACCACCAUGGCCUGUGCAUUCGCCCCCACCGGCGCCCCGAAUACGCUAAACCCCCAUUCUCUCGAAGUAAACGAGAAGUCAUGCCCAGUCAACCUCAACACCAAAAGCAUUGGGACGGACAGUACCGAGGCCAUCACAUCGACGACAGAGAAGCCCGAGCACGGACCCGCCAUCUAUGGUAUCAACCACGACAACUUCCACCGUGACUUCCUCAAACCCGACUUCGACCCAAAGGAGAUGCGGAAUAUCGUUAGUGAAGCCAUCCUGCUGGCCGGUGGCGGUGUCGCUAUCCUUCUUCAGAUCGCCAACCCAGGCGUCGGUGCUGGUGUGAACGAGCACAGUAACUUUGUAUACCGGCCUAUCGACCGUCUGCGGACUACGAUGACCUUCGUUUAUUGCAUGGCCUUCGGUACCCCAGAGGAGAAGAAAACUAUCAUCAACAUGGUGCACCGGGCACACGAUCCUGUGAAGGGUGACGGCUACACAGCUCAUGACGUCGAGCUCCAGCUGUGGGUCGCUGCGACCCUCUACGCAGCCGGCGUAGACAUCUACGAAAAGACCUACGGCAAGCUCAACUACGCCACCUCCAAGGCCGUGUACAACCAGUACGCCAUGCUCGCCUCCUCAUUGCGCGUGCCGCCAGAGAUGUGCUCCAAGACGCAAAAAGACUUCUGGGAGUACUGGGACCGGUCACUGACCAGCUUCACCAUCUCGGCGCAUGCUAAGAAUGUCGCCAAUGACCUGCUCUUCAAUAACAGAGGCCUGCUCUGGGUCCGGGCAAAUUUGCCACUGGUGCGUCUCUUCACAGCGGAGUGGCUGCCGCCGAAUCUGCGUGACGCCUACGGCCUCAAGACUAGCACGAGUCGCCGCGCCCUGUACAAGGUGUAUAUGGUGAUGAUCAAAACGGGGUACCCCAUCAUGCCUAGGUUUAUACGGCACUUUCCGCGCAACUACUACAUGAAGGACAUGCGGAAGCGUAUAAAGGGCAUGGACCACAUCAUCGGUCCUGAUAUGGUGUAA